UAGGCAGAAGGAAAUGGGCACCACCACCACACAAUGUCACUAUGUCUGCUGCUGCUCCUGUCCAUGGUAACACAAGGACGAGAGGGAGGAGAGGCCACAGGGAAAUGACCCCAUCGUCGAUCAUGUUGCUGCUGGCUCUGACAGCCUGCCUAGCUGGGACUGUGUUCUGCCAGGGUGAUGAGGACACAAAUACUGUUGAAGAAACACAAACAGAAAAUGAUGCUGGGUUCUCAGUGAUCCCAACUGUAAGUGAUGCUACCCCUACACCAGACUCAUACCGAUCAUCUGAGAGUCCUUCAGAGGGAUAUGAGACUGAAGCUGAAUCUGGUUCUGGAUUCAGUCCAGGUGUCAAUUCAGAAGGGGAGGAUCAGCUCAAAUCCUCUGAAGCACCACUGGAGGACAGUCUGAGUCUCACCUUCAUCCUGGUUCCUGUUGUGCUGGUGGUCGUGAUAAUCGCCAUGGUAGUGGGCGUAGUCAUGAUCAACCGCAGAUGGAAUCGGAAAGAAAAGAGCAAUUCUGAUAAUGUAGAAGAGGAUAAAUAUUUGCAUGGUAGCGAUGACACAGAAAACGUUCCAAUGCCCAUGUUUGAGGAUGAUGUCCCCUCUGUGUUGGAGCUGGAGAUGGAAGACCUGGAACAGUGGAUGAAUAAAGAUUGCUAGUCCCUAAAGAGUCAUGGAGUCAGUCAAUUCUCUCUCCCAGCCGCCCUCUUGCUGUACUGCCGGUGACAAAGGACAUUUCCCCAUCGCAGGGAAGGACAUUCUGUUACCCAGCAGCACUGUAGGCUUCUUCUGUUCAUGUCGAUGUCAAGGCAGCGUCAUCAACCGACCACAUUGACAACAAGAAAGCAACACCUCCACCAAGGUGACUGCAAAAAACAGGAAAUGCUGAAUUUAUUUUCCAUUUCAGCAUAAACAAAAGACAAGUAACAAUAAAUGCACAAGUUAAACGUUUUUAGAACGUAACAUCUUACAAUCUGCACACUCCACCGUCAAAUGUACUGUGGUAUAGACUCUAUUGAGAAACAGUGUGUGGCAAUAGUCCUUUCACUACACGGGUCCUGAUUGUGGUCGGCCUAAUAAUGAAUGCUUUUUGCAACGCCAUCAACUCAGUACUGUGCCUUUUAGUCAUUGUUUCAAGUUCAUAUACACUUUUUAUGUGAUUGUUUUAUUGUCUUUUGUAUUCAGCUGUAUUCAUGCAGUGAGAGAGGAAGGAGUAAAACACAGGAGGUUGGUGGCACCUUAAUUGAGGAGGAUGCGCUCGGGGUAAUGGCUGAAGCAGAAUGAGUGGAAUGGUAUCAAAUACAUCAGACACUUGGUUUCCAUGCGUUUGAUGCCAUUCCAUUCGCUCCGUUACAGCCAUUAUUAUGAGCUGUCCUCCCUUCAGCAGCCUCCUAUGGAGUAAAAACUAUUAGACUAUUGCUGAAAGCAGGUGUCGUUAGCCAUGUUCUGACACCCAGACAACAAUAUCAGAACUUGACCUCCAAAGAUCCUACAGGCCCUCCCCUUUACAACAUAAACAUAUAUUCCAUGCCCACAGUAAAGCCAUACCAGGUGGUAUAUACCAUUAUUCCAACGGCCAACUAACCCAGUCCCAUGAUAGAUAUGAUGGCUCUAACCCAGUCCCAUGAUAGAUAUGAUGGCUUAAAACCAAUCCCAUGAUAGAUAUGAUGGCUUAAAACCAAUCCCAUGAUAGCUAUGAUGGCUCUAACCCAGUCCCAUGAUAGCUAUGAUGGCUCUAACCCAGUCCCAUGAUAGAUAUGAUGGCUCUAACCCAGUCCCAUGAUAGAUAUGAUGGCUUAAAACCAAUCCCAUGAUAGAUAUGAUGGCUUAAAACCAAUCCCAUGAUAGAUAUGAUGGCUUAAAACCAAUCCCAUGAUAGAUAUGAUGGCUUUAACCCAGUCCCAUGAUAGCUAUGAUGGCUCUAACCCAGUCCCAUGAUAGAUAUGAUGGGUUUAAUCCAAUCCCAUGAUAGAUAUGAUGGCUCAACAAAUGUUUAUGCUAAAGACUAGCUAGUGUCUCCUCCUCUCCUCUGCUCUGUUCCUUCUGGUUGUAGUACACAGACUGCACGUGGAUCUGUCUCUCUUUCACUCUCUCUCUCUCUCUGUCUCUCUCUUUGUCUCUCUCUGUCUCUCUCUCUCACAAACUCCGACUCUAAUUACAAAACCCUGCCUAUUGUUUUAUGCAUGAGAUAACUGAGAACUGCUGGCACACUGCUUUGCUUUGGUUCAUGCGCAUCACGCAAUGCUAAAGCUCUUUAGAAUUCAAGAGGGAUUAGGGAAGGUAAUUUCUGAGAUAGUCUGUGAGAUAUUUUCACAGAGUGCAAAUUUCAGUUGGGUUGUUGUAUACAGUUACUGUCUUGUGAGGUUUUGUUUUCCAUGAUUUUCUUUGAGAAACAGUAUUUCACAAUUACUGUCAUUCCUUCCUAAGCAUGUCAUUCCUGUUGAUGGUACACUGUCUUUCAUUGGUUGAAUAUGUUUUUCCUCCAAUGAUAGUGGUGUUGUUGAUAUGCAAUCUGAAUCUACAAAUUCUCGUCACAUCGAUGUAUAAAUGUUAUGUUCAGCUCUAUGUGACAGAUAGUCAGUAUUUUUGCAGUAACUUUCAUUGUAAAUAUGUGGAAGAUAUAUUUUUUACUCGCAUGUAUAUUUUUUAAAUGUGUAAAUUGUACUUGAUUUGAUACAAAUAUUGAUAUUUGCUUAUGGUCAUAGGAGUGAAUUUGGUCCCUCAAUCUCUGUUAGGUCCUCAUACUUGUCAGUAAUCCAAGUGUUACAGCAGUAGUUCUUGUAGUAAAGAGUAAUAAUUUCAACAAGGAACCAACUGUCCGGCCAAUAUAUUUGCAUA